UGAUAUAUUUGUAUUAUUACACAAUUUCAUUAAGAAGAUGGAUGUUAUGUAUGUGUGCAGCGGAGGAUAAAUGUUUGUGCACGAACAGCAGUUGGUGUCACACGGCGUGGCUGCGAGUGACUGCCCCCGUGCGCGUCACGUGGGUGGGGGGGCGGCGGACCUUUGCUCGAGUGGUGCCGCUGCCACGGGGCUCGGGGCGGAUCGCCGCGGUGACCGCCUGGGCCGCGCCCGAAGGAGCCCCGUGGUAGAUUCUGCGAUGCCAUUGCGGGCAACUGGCGCCCGCUGCCUGCCGCCGCCGCCGCCGUUGAACUUCUGGACAGAUCUGCAAGUGCAAUGAAGCUGAAAAGAAACGCAGCGACAUUGCUUUUAGGACUGCUGCUGCUGCUGCUGUCCGUCGGGUUCACCGUAUACCAUGAGGAAGUUAUUGAGAGGAUAGAGGCCCUCACCAUGGUGCAACGGAAACGCGUGUCACUCAAUGUCUCCACGACCGAGAGGGCGCCGGUUUCCGCGGAAACAACAGGUGCAGCGACGACGGUGGCAAAAAUCACGGAUUUCUCCUUCGUGACAGCCGCAAACAACAGCGUUGUCGCCUUUGUAAACCCCCAAGCAAUGUACAGCAUCGGGAACACGCUGAACGUGGUGGUGCAGAUGCACGACGCCGCCAACAGAAGGAAGCACUCCGGAGGCGACUUCAUCCUGGCCAGGCUGUACAACGAGCGGCUCCGCGCCGCCUCCGCGGGCGAGGUGACGGACUACGGCGACGGCUCCUACAGCGUGGCCCUGCGCCUGCUGUGGGGCGGAGACAGUCGGCUGAGCCUCACGCUCGUGCACCCCGCCGAGGCGGUCGCGGUGCUGGACAGGGUCAGGGAGACUAUCCCCAACAAAAUCGUCUUCCUGGGCAUGUUUGUCUCCGGCAAAGUGAAGAAAGUCACCAACUGCAACGUCCACCUCAGCACGGACAAGGAGACGUGCGAUUUGACUGACCCGCAAAUCGGAGAGCCGUGGAGUUGUGAAAAGCCGGCGAAUAUGUCUUGCUCUGCGCUGCAGAAUUUUAGAUCUUACAACAGACACAGAACUUACGUCUCGAAGCAAGAAGAGGAACUCUUUGCAAGGGGUCGACUAUAUGUGCCAUUAAAUGUAAAUUACACGGUGACAACUCGCCCGCCGAACAACACGGUGGAACAGAAGUUGCCGCCCUGCACAACGGGACUGGGUAACCCCAGCCCCAGCGGAUUCUUCUGGAACGGUGCAUGGAACUCGAGCUACUGUGCCAUGCGGCGCUUUGACACUCCACAGCUAGUGACCGAGUGCCUGAAGGAGAAGCAUAUCUACUUCCUCGGCGACUCCACCAUCCGCCAGUGGUGGGAAUACCUCGUUAGUUUCACCAAAGGUUUCAAAUAUUUUGACGUUCACAAACGAGGCAAACAGCAGCCAAAAAUAGCUUUUGAUGAUGAAAAUAAAAUUAUCCUGCAGUGGAACUGUCACGGAUACCCAUUCAUAACACAGUCUUUAACCUUUUCGAGAGACGUGCAAUACAUCGCGAAGCAGCUGGACGACAUAACUGGAGGCAAGAACACCGUGAUCGGGCUGUCUCUUGGAGCCCACUUCACAGCUUUCCCUCUGGCGGUGUUCGAGAGAAGGAUGAGGAACAUCGCAGCCUCGGUGGAGAAGCUGCUGAGCCAGAGUCCAGACACGAAAGUCAUCGUGAAGCUGCCCAACACGAGAGAUGUCGGCAUCGUGCAGUUAUUUAAUAACUGGAACACGUACAGGCUUGUACGAAUUACACUCGAUGUGUUCAAACAUCUAAAUGUGGCAUUUGUCGACGCGUGGGAAAUGACGGCUGUUGUCAACUCCCUCAGCGUACACCCCACGACAGCCAUCGUAAAAGAACAGUUGAAUGUGUUCUUAUCAUUUGUUUGUUAGUUUUAACGUGGCUCGCUUAAGUCAUACCACGAUUAAACUGAACUAUUACACGUUUGAACAUCUGCGGGCAUUGUACGUUUUUGCUCACUUAUGGAUUGACGCUCUUCUCCAAACGAGGCAGUGUUCUCAUAAGUGUAGCGACAUAAAUGGUAGUAUUCACUGCAGUGUAGCGACAGUACCGAGGGAAGAGGGGUCCCGUACGCAGGGUGCCGUUCUAUGGCACCAGUGUGUGUACUGCAUUCAGGGGCUCACGAGAGGGCAGGGUCCAGGUAUCACGGAAGUCGGGUCAGGGCAUGACAGCAUGCGUGAACCCGCGAGAGCACGUGGCCGGAGGAGGGGGCACGGGAACCCCCAGAAGGGGCCACGUGGUGUGGACCGAGAGCCUCCACGAAGGAUCUAGAAGGGGGCGUGGCCAGGGGCGGAGCGCAGUCGCGCCGCAGCGGUUAUAAGUGCAGUCCCCAGAGGGAGCAGGGCUGUUCGACCCAGGAAUUAAGCCGCCUGCUUCGAUCCUUGCUCUUUGGUCUUCGCACACGAGGGCCAGGCAGCGCGUUAGCUUUCCUGGUCCAACCACAUCGUGAUCCCGUUCAAGUGGUUAAAUAAUUAGGAGCGGUGGCCACCACCCUAUGUAGUUAACCCAUAAUGUACAAAGUUAACCCGUGCUGUACAUAGUUAACCUCGGAGUAUUGCGCCGUUAUCAGUUAUGUUAGCCGGUUGGAGUUUUGUUCGUAAAUAAACGUGUUGCCUCCAAUACUUGGUGUGCGCCUAUUUAGAACCCACGACAUAAGGAUUGUAUUUUAUGGUUGGGUAUGGACCCAGUAUGUCUGCUGCGUGGAUUAAAGUUUGUCUCUCUCAAAGACUUGCACUCACUUCAACAGCCAUGCCAUGUCGUUAACAUGUUGUGUAGCCCUCAAACUCUCUCCCCAUUACACCCUUCUGGGAGCAUGCGUGCGUGGUGAAGACGUGUUCAUGAGUGUGUGGGUGUAUGUUGAAUGCAGAUGUACACAUGCAAGCGCACGUGAGAAAAUGUCAACACAAAUAUGUGCGUGUCAUUUGCUGUGUGAUGUUUCGGGUCUUAUAUGUAAGAAAACAAGAGCCGGUAAAAAGAGGAAAAACCCGCGUAUAUACUGCAUUCCUUGAACUCCUUUACACUCUCCCCGACCAAUCAUCUUCCACUGCUGCCACUCCCCCUACUCAGGUGAGACAUAGGUGGUCCCAUUGACCUCACCCGCAUCCCUCAUGUCAUGCGGGUGGCAAUGUAAUAUCUGAGAGUUGUGCGCACGGCCGGCCUUGUUCUGUAUUGGAGACCGCCGGACUGGUGUCCCAGAUGAUUGUGAAACCAGCAGGCCUGUGUGAAGGAGAGACUGGGGAGUGGGUGAAUCGGGCAGUUCACCAUCGACUGAUGAGCAGGUGAAUCCUUACAUGUAACAACCCUGCAUCAUUCUCCGACUGUGCCCGCUCCUUGACCUCGCAUUCAUGAAAUUCACGACUCUACUUCUGGAUGGGACAAACUCCCCCCUUGAAGAUAAAAACUAAUUAUGUACCCAUGUCACUGACAUUCCCUUUCUAAAUAAACUGGUUUUAUGAAACCAUCACGUCAAAUGGUGUCUGUAUUUUAAUA